AUGCUGCGUCAAGCACUUCGCAAGUUUGGUCAAAAGCUGGUACACAGACGUCCACUGGAACAAAAAGUACAUGAGUUUAAAUAUGGUAGAAACCUGAGCACUCUGGAUUUAGUGGCCAUGGGUGUGGGCCGCACAGUGGGGGUUGGUGUGUAUUUCCUGCUUGCUGAGGUGGCUAGUAGUCAAGCAGGACCAGCCACUGUGAUAUGCUUCUUGGUGGCUGGCCUAAUUUCGUUAUUGGCUGGGCUGUGCUAUGCAGAAUUUAGCACCCGGGUUCCGCAUUCUGGUUCCGCAUAUCUCUAUUGUUUUGUCACUAUAGGUGAACUCUGGGCAUUCAUCAUCGGUUGGAACCUCAUCCUCUCCUUUUUGAUUGAUGCAGUCGUUGUGAUCCAGGCCUGGACCUUAAUUUUUGACUACCUGAUUGGAAAUCAGAUCUCUGAGAAUAUCUCAGAGCACAUUCCCCAAGCCUUAGCAGAUAAUCUAGUCUACUUUACUAUGAUCCUUUGGUUUUUUCUCUUAGAAAUUCGAAAUCUGGGUUUUCGUAGGUUCUUCAUGGUUUUCAAACUUUUCACAUUGGUGAAACUUUUGGUUCUCAGUUUUGUCAUCAUCUCUGGCUUCAUUAAGGGGGACCUGCACAACUGGAGGCUCACAGAAGAGGACUACAUAAAGGCUGAACUCAAUGACACCUCUAGCUUGGGCCCUCUGGGCUCUGGAGGAUUCGUGCCUUUUGGCUUCCAGGGGAUUCUUCGUGGAGCAGCUACCUGUUUCUAUACUUUUAUAGGUUUUGCCAUUAUUGUUACCAGAGUCAAACAAUCGCACAAGCCUGAGCGUUCCAUCCCCAUGGGCAUUGUUAUUUCACUGCUCACCUGCAUCUUGGUGUAUUUUGGUGUCUCUGCAGCACUUACACUUAUGGUGCCUUACUACCAGCUCCGACCUGGGAGCACCUUACCUGAGGCAUUUCUCCAUAUUGGCUGGGGCCUUGCCUACUAUGUUGUAGCUGUUGCAAUUUUCUGUAGUAUUUUUAUCAAUGUGUAUUGGAGCUUAACGUACCCCAUAAGUUUUGUGAUACGCAUGAUGGCAAAGGAUGGCCUCCUGUUCCCUGUGCUUGCCAGGGUCAUCACUGGCACACAUACCCACUUAGUGUUCAGGAUAUUCAUUUAUGUUAUUGCAGUAAUCAUAUUAUUAUUCUUUGGAUUCGCUGAUCUCUUGGACCUCAGGUCAAUUGCGACCCUGCUAUCUUAUUCCUUGGUAGCUUUUUGUGUUCUCAUCAUCAGGUAUCAGCCUGAGAGGAGGAAUAAAGAAAACGAAGCAGAGGAGGAAGAGGAGAAUGAGGGAAAUGAAGCAGAGGUGCAGGAGGAGAACCCACCUGCAGCAGAGAAGCUGACUCUACAGGGACUAUUUUUUCCAGGCAGCCCCACCCCCACUCCACUCUCUGGCCGAGUUGUCUAUGUUUGCUCCUCACUGCUUCUUCUGCUGCUGAUUGUUCUUUGCCUGGUGCUGGCCCAGUGGCCAGGUCUGCUUUCUGGAGACCCAGGGUGGAUCACAGUAGUUGUGCUGCUCCUGGUGGUCAUCACUGGGAUCACUGGGAUCAUCUGGAGACAGCCACAGAGCUCCCAUCUGCCUCAUUUUAAGGUACCUGGUCUGCCUCUCCUCCCACUCCUGAGCAUCUUUCUGAAUGUUUGCCUUAUGAUGCAGAUGACCGCUGGCACCUGGGUCCGAUUUGGUGCCUGGAUGUUGACUGGGUUUAUUAUCUACUUCGCCUAUGGGAUCCAGCACAGCCUUAAGCGACCAAAACAUGAACCUUGA